AAUUUCAAAAAAUUGUGUUACAGAUAGCAUCUUUAUCGACAUUUUAAGGUUAUGUUUAUAGCAAAUAAAAGUAAAUUUAAUAAGAUUUGAAGUAUUUUUAAAUAAUUUAAUCAUGGUUUAUAUUCAUUUUCCCGCUCAUUCAACGGAAGAAGAACAAAUGUUAAAAGCAAAAUACCAAAAAUUGAAAAAAAAGAAAAAAGCUUUGCAAGCUCUUAAAGCACCAAAACCCGAACCUGAGAAACCGGUAAUUCCUAAACGUCCGGCAGAAGCGAGAGAUGCUAGGGAAGUUGCUAAAAAACUGAUUAAAUCAGGGAUGAUAACCGCAAUUCCAAAACAACAGAAACAACCUGAACAGGGUUUUAAGAGACCCAGAGGAUUAGAGAGGAAAUUAAUUUCGGAAAAAAUAAGUGGAUAUCAACCAUUUUCAGCUGUACAAUCUGAUGAUGGACCGGAUAAUCCUGAAAAUAAACCACCAAGAAUUAAGAAUUUGUAUGAUACAUUUGCUACAGCUAGAGAUAGAGAAGAAAGGGGAUUAUCUGAGAAGCAAAGGGAAAAACCUGAAAAACCGCGACAAGGAAAUACUAUUUAUGUUGCAGGGUUUAAUAUUACUGAAGAAUUUUUAAAAAAACAUUUCUCAACGAUUGGAAAUAUUGUCAAUAUUUCAAUGGAGAUUGAAAAGAAUCGAGGGUUUGUUACUUUUGAUAAAGUUGAAUGUGCAGACAGAGCGAUAGCAGAGAUGGAUGGUAGUAUCGUAUCUGGGAUACAACUAAAAGUAUCUUUAGCAAGGCGACAACCUCAAAUUGAACCAAUUAAUGAUGCUACAUCAUCAUCAACUUGGUCCACUUUAGCUGCAAGUCAUUCACAAAAAGGAAAUCACAGAGAUAAACGCGAUUUGGUAUCUUACGAUGAUAUCAUUGAUUUUUGAAUAUUUAUUUUAGUU